UUGGAGGUGAGGGUGAGGCGGCCGCCGCUCUGUGGCGCGCACACCAUGUGACUCUCCAACACCCUACCACCACCACCAGUCUCGCUCCCUGGCGCCCCACCACCACCACGUCUCGCCCUUACUGAAGGCUCGAGCACAGUAAUCCCAGGCGAGCAAAGUGAAGUUAAUGAAACAAGGAAAAGACUCAAUAAUAAAUGUGAGCUUCAGUGACAGUGAUUACCAACUGGUUUUUAUUUUGUGUUUAUUAUAUUUUUUGGCAUCAUAAGACAGGCCAUGCCAGCCACCAGACCCACGAACUAGUACCUCUGAGUGUUAUGUCAUGAAAGUGAUAACUUUGAAGUUUCUAAAAGUGAUCAUGUGAUCUUCAUGACAAUAAAAGUAUGACUAUUAAGAGGCGGCGCCAGAAGGAAGCUCAGCACCUGGGCCAAACCUUAAGACACUGAUUCCCAGGAGAGCAGGAGGGCGAGGCAAGCACGGUGAUGUGCAAGCGGAGACGAGGCCGGUGCUCCAGAGUGGUCAACUACGCGAUGGCGCUGGAUCACGAGUGGGGCGCCGCGGCCUUGCGACUCUUCCUGCUCCUUGUGGGACUUGCUGCCAACGGUUGGAGUUUGCGGGUGUCUGGAGUACAGGUCCCGCCGGUGGUGAUAUCUGGGUCGACAGUGAAGCUCGAGUGUAAAUACCACCACAGCACCGACCGUCCCGACCCGCUCUACUCGGUCAAGUGGUACAGGGAUGUGAACCAGUUCUACGAGUACAUCCCCAGGAGGACCCCGCCCAUCCGGGUCUAUCCGCUCCCGCAUAUCAAUGUCGACGAGAGCCGCAGUUCGCGAGAGAUAGUGACGCUGACGAAGGUGUCGAAGGAGACUUCCGGCAACUUUCGGUGUGAAGUGAUGGGCGAUAAACCUUUCUUCGAGACGGACGACCAUGCGGUGAACAUGACGGUGGUGGACGUGCCUCUCUGGGGCCCUGAGGUCUGGGGGGUGACCCAGAACGAGAGGGUGCGGCCCGGGGAGGUGGUGGUGGCCCGGUGCCAGGUGGGCCAGUCUGACCCACCCGCCGACAUCACCUGGAUCGUCAACUCAGGGAGGGAACCCACCCUGGCCCACCAUCGCUCCCUGCAGACUGACCGACGCGGCGAACGAAUUCAAGUCUCUGAGCUGCAGGUGACGGUGACGGAGGAGUGGCUGGCUCGCGGGGCGAUGGUCCUCACCUGCCAGGUGCAGGUCUCCUCUAUCUAUCACAAGACAGCCAACGUCACGCUCAUCCACGCUGACUGGCCCCAACCCGCUGAGUUCGGCUGGUUCUCCUCAGGUUCAUCUCCGCAGUGCUCCUUGCUGCUACUGCUGCUCCUGUCCGCUGUGACGCUGUGACGUUGUGCUUCCUACUGUUCCUGUCUGCUGUGACGUUGUGUUCCUUACUGUUUAUGUCUGCGCUGACAUGUGAUUUACUGCUCCCUGCUGCUGCUGUCUGCUGUGACGUUCUUCUGGCUACCGUGACGAUGAGAACAGAGCCCCUCUGACAUAGCAUCGUGACGCAGAUCUCCCUCCGCCUACUGCUGCCUUAUAUGAAGCUCUUCUGUCUGCUGUAAACGCAGCGCUCCCUGCUUCGGUGCUGCAUGCUCUGACAGUCUCUUGUCUCCUGUUAUUUUGUUUUCUAGUUGCUGUUUCCUGACGUGACACCGUUUCCAGUGGCACUUUUCUUCCUGCUGAGCCGCUGUGUGGUGCUUCUCUCUCCUGAGAUUCCGGCAGGGUAGGGGAGUGCGAUACUAUAAUGAAUUAUAUAACGGCCUGGCGGCAAGGGAGCGUACCCCCUGGCAGCUAUAGGGAGCGUACCCCCUGGCACCUAUAGGGAGCGUACCCCCUGGAGACUAUUGGGAGUGUACCCCCUCUGACAUUCCUUGACCUAGCGUGGGGUCGAGUGUGUAGCGGCACUGAUAUUAUACUAAUACCAAUGGAGUGCUAAGUCUCAUGGCGUGAGAGCGACGUGAAGUGAUGUUGGUAGUGUAUUGCCAUUAUCUCCUGAGUGACGGUACUGGUCUGCGUCAACUUCUAUGAAGACAAAUUGACGAUUAAUAAGGGUUUCUGUCCGCUGGGGCCGUGUGAUGUGAUGAUAUAGCAGUUUUGUGACGCGUUAGAAAUACAUUUGGCUUAACGGUGAGAGAUUAGCAUUGAUGUUAUAAUGGUGAUGGGAUGUUACAAUGUUAGUUUACAAAUGUUGAAGCUUGAAACACAUAGAAGAUCAUGAGAUGAUUGGGUCGAGAUUAUAAUAAUUUACACUGACGUUGUUCAUUGUCUCCCACAUAACUGUCGAGUCACAUUGUUGAACGUCUCCAUCCCUUGCGGCAGUACUGAGAAUCCCAGAACACUUGUUCAUCUCCAACUGCAGAACUCUGCAUACCAGAACACGUGUUCAUCUCCUGCUGCAGAACUCUGCAUACCAGAACACGUGUUCAUCUCCUGCUGCAGUAGUCAAAUUCUCUAAACAUGGAAGACUUUACUAAUCUAAUGAUAAUCACUGACUCCCUGUCAUACCAGUUAAUAUUAAUGUUUUAUUUCUCUCCCCUUGCUUAAUCCUUCUAUCGUCCCCUUCACCCCACGUUUAAUUGGCCUCUUCUCAUCGUUCUCAAUCUCUCUUUGUCUGUCUCUUUGCGUCUGUCUGUCUCUCUUUGUCUCUGUCUCUUUGUGCUAGUAUUCCUUUUUAUCUGUCUAUCUGCGUCUGCCUCACUUUGUCUCUCUCUUCGUCUUUGUUUCUCUCUCUCUCUUGCCAUUUGAGUCUGUCUCUGUGACAGUUCCUUUUUGUCUGUGUGUCUGUCUCUUUCUCUUCGUGUCUGUCUCAGCCUCUCUUUCUCUCGCGUGUGCUCCUACUUCGUAAUUUAGCCUGACGUCACGGUGGUUUCCGCCUCACAACACGCUGUUGUAAACGCUUGAGUGUCCGUUGCUCAGUGACAGUACGCUGCGUUUCUCCUUUUCUUACACUUCCUAAAUGAGUAAGACUUAUGUCCCUCCUUUCUCUGUGCACCGCCACCUACCUCUUAUGCAUUUCCUGUAAUCUUUGUUUUAUUUUCACUGCGUUCGCUGUCAUUCUUAUUUCACCCUUUUAUAUUUCAUGUUUGUUUAGAGCCUUGCUCUAACUUUAUUUUCUUGGUGUUUCGUUACUUUCUUCUCCUAUACUUACUUCCUCAGAUCUAGGCAGUGUCUGGGAUGCUCCCGGACGCUGGUUCGAAUCCUCGUCACGGCCCUUGAGGAUUUGUUCGUUUCCUCAGAUCCUCCUUACUUUCAGGACUAGUUUUUCUUGUACAGUGUCAGGGUCUUUCAGACAGAUGUAAAUUGUUUUUUUUUUGCUCAAUGCUCAAUGAUAUAUAUA